AUAAAAAUACAUAGCUUUUGGUGAUUAAAUACACACCAUUUCCAUAUAUCUUCUCCCUCACACCGUGUUCUCCCCCAAAACCUAGAGGGGGUUUUCAUCUUCUUUCAAGCAAAUACCUUAGAUUCUUCAUCACAGAUUCAACCAAGUCCAUUUCAGUGGACUUUUGAUGGACCAGUAUGAGAAGGUUGAGAAGAUUGGUGAAGGAACAUAUGGUGUAGUCUACAAGGCUCGUGACAAAGUCACCAAUGAAACUAUUGCUUUGAAGAAGAUUCGUCUGGAGCAAGAAGAUGAAGGAGUCCCUAGCACAGCUAUCAGAGAGAUUUCACUCUUGAAAGAAAUGCAACAUGGAAACAUUGUCAGGUUACAGGAUGUUGUGCACAGUGACAAAAGAUUGUAUCUGGUUUUUGAGUAUCUUGACCUUGAUUUGAAGAAACACAUGGAUUCUUGUCCAGAGUUUUCAAAGGAUCCUCGUCUUGUAAAAACGUUUUUGUAUCAAAUCCUACGUGGCAUUGCUUAUUGUCAUUCUCAUAGAGUUCUCCACAGAGACUUAAAGCCUCAAAACCUGUUGAUUGAUCGUCGUACCAAUGCUUUAAAGCUUGCAGACUUUGGAUUGGCCAGGGCUUUUGGUAUCCCUGUGAGGACAUUUACACAUGAGGUGGUGACACUGUGGUAUAGAGCACCAGAAAUCCUUCUUGGGUCCCGCCACUAUUCUACUCCUGUUGAUGUGUGGUCUGUGGGUUGUAUAUUUGCUGAGAUGGUGAAUCAGCGACCUCUCUUUCCUGGAGACUCUGAGAUUGAUGAACUGUUCAAGAUUUUCAGAAUCAUGGGAACCCCAACUGAAGAUACAUGGCCUGGUGUGACUUCUUUGCCUGACUUUAAGUCUGCCUUUCCAAAGUGGUCCUCAAAGGACCUGGCAACUGUGGUACCGAAUCUUGAAAAAACUGGUCUUGAUCUCCUACGUAAAAUGCUGUGUUUGGAUCCAAGCAGAAGAAUUACAGCGAGGACAGCACUGGAGCAUGAAUACUUCAAGGAUAUCGGGUUCGUGCCAUGAUUCACUUCACCAGGUUAAGGUCAUCUUCAUGUGCAAAACUUAAAAACCCUCAAUGAAUGGAUUAUUAUGUGAGAUAUGUGUGCUGUUUGUUUUUAGGUGAUUUUUUUUUGUUUUUUGUUUUUUUGUUUCUACCAUCUUAGGACACGGUGAUUUUUAAGGUUGUUUCUUGCAAAGCCAUUAUCGAAUUGGCUACCUCUUCAUCUGAAACUCUGUUUUCUAGUUUGAAAAAAAAAGUUUCAAAUUUCUUGUAACAAUUUUCUUGAUGGAGGACAUAUCAUCAUGUUUUAUUUCCUUUGAAUGGAGUUGUUUGGUGUGCAA